AUGAUAUCGACUCAACAUGCUAUACAAGUAUUUUCGACGCUGAGGGUAACAGGCGCCGCUCGUCAACGCACACCUGUGGCAGUUCCUCUACGCCUGUGUUCUGACUAUCAAACGCUACAGAUAGCUCACAUUUCUCGCAAGCUGGUGAUCGCUCAUCUCGAGCACAGCGCAUUCUUUGAAUUCGUGUUGCAGUACCUCACACCAACUUCAAAUGCAUGCCAAGGACGAAUUACUCCGCACGUGACUGCCGAAAAAUUCUGCAAAUGCUCACUCUUAAAAGACACAAUGCUUCUAAGCGUAGGACAGCAUGAAGUAAUCGGCAAAGAAGAUCCGAAGCAUAAACAAUUAGUUUUACUGAAAACUAGCUGUGACGCAGCUGCAACAAGUUUCAGAUUACAGGGAUCAAUUUCUAAACGAUACAAAUUUGAAACUCGCCCGAAUGUAAAAAUGUGA